AUGGGGGAACCUGGAGUUAUUAGAAAAUUGGAUGAAGAAGUUGUAAAUCGUAUAGCAGCAGGUGAAAUAAUCCAAAGACCGGCCAAUGCUCUUAAAGAAUUGAUAGAAAAUAGCUUAGAUGCUCAUGCUACAAAUAUUAUAAUUACUGUAAAAGCUGGAGGCUUAAAGUACUUACAGAUUCAAGAUAAUGGAACUGGAAUUCGGAGCGACAAUUUGGACAUAGUAUGCGAGCGAUUCACAACAUCCAAGCUACAGCAAUAUGAGGACCUUCAGGAAAUCAGUACAUAUGGUUUCAGAGGCGAAGCUUUAGCCAGUAUCAGCUAUAUCUCGCAUCUUACAAUACUUACAAAGACUGCUGCAGAUAAAUGUGCUUACAAGGCCUCCUAUGAAAAUGGCAAACUAAAAGGGCCAAUAAAAGCUAGUGCGGGAAACAAUGGCACACAAAUCACAGUCGAAGAUCUGUUUUACAAUGUUAUAGCGCGAAAGAAAUCUCUGCGUAGCGCCGCGGAAGAGUACACGCAUAUAAUGGAAUUCGUUGGAGGUUAUGCUAUACAUAACAGUCACGUGGGCUUCACUUUGAAGAAGUUCGGUGAAAAUACAGAUAUAAAGACCGCUAUCAAAUCGUCCGUUGUGGAAAAUAUUAGGAUUAUUCACGGAAAUUCCAUAGCACGGGAAUUACUCGAGAUAGGAUUGAAAGACGACACUUUGCAGAUGUCCCUUCACGGGUACGUUACGAACGUCAACUACUCUCACAAGAAAGGCACCAUGCUCUUGUUCAUUAACCACAGACUAGUAGACUCACAGAGUAUACGCAAAGCGGUGGACUCCGUUUAUAGCACGUACCUACCGAAGAACGCUCACGCAUUUGUUUAUCUCAGUAUUGAGCUAGAUCCCAGAAAUGUUGAUGUGAAUGUACAUCCAACGAAACAUGAAGUUCAGUUUCUAUAUGAGGAGCAGAUUAUCGAAAAAAUAAAAUCGUGCAUUGAAAGUAAACUGCUCAGUUGUAAUUACUCUCGAGUUAUGUACACGCAGGCUCGUCUACCAGGCGCAACAAAUGUUGAUGAAAUAAUAAAAAAAACCACCGAUGGGGCCAAGGUGUACGCAAAAGAUUUAGUUAGAGUCAGUUCAGAUACACAAAAAAUUGACAAAUUUUUCCAAAUCGCUUCUAAACAAAUAGAUAAUAAUAAAAAAGAUUCCAUUGAAAAAGAGUUUAUAGAAGAUAAUGAAAACAAAUUAAUGAAUAAUGAACACGAAGAAAACCUAAAUGAAGCAAAUAAAAUACCGAACAUAAUUAUCGAGGAAACGGAAAAUAAUCCAGAUGUUCUAGAGAGUUCGAUUGUAAACGAACCCAAAGAGAACAAUAAAUCUACAGAAAAAUGGAAUUUACGUACUGGUGCCGACCACGCGAAUAUAACUUAUAUCGAUCCAAAAGAAUCAUUCAAAACACGAACAUUUAAAUACGAGAGGGUGGAAACUAAACUCACAAGUGUGAAACAGUUACGUAUGGACGUUGAGAACAAGUGCAAUAUGAAUCUCAGGGAAAUAUUGGCGAAUUUGAUUUUCAUCGCAUGUAUCGAUUGCCACCAAUCACUUAUCCAACAUUCUACGAAGCUGUAUUUGUGCAAUACAACGAAAUUAACAGAGGAGCUUUUUUACGAGACAAUGCUGUACGAUUUUCAGAACUUUGGAUUAAUCAAAUUGUCGAAUCCAUUGCCUGUGGAAGAACUGUUCAUACUCGGUCUCAGGUCACAGGAAUCCGAGUGGAAUCCUGAGUUUGGUGAUAUGAGAGAAAUGGUUCAACAGAUGACAAGGCUCUUGGUAAGCAAGAAAGAUAUGCUAUUCGAAUAUUUUUCUUUCGAAAUAAACAACGACGGCGAAUUAUUGGCGUUGCCACUGUUAUUGGAUGGCCACACUCCAUUUAUGGGUGCGCUACCUACUUACCUAGUUCGAUUAGUCACAGAAGUGAAUUGGGAUUCUGAGAAGGAAUGCUUCGAUACAUUUAGUCGUCAGACCGCCAUUUUUUAUUCCCAACCGAACCCAGACUCUACUCUAGAAAUGCAGAAAUCCGAGGAAUGGAAGCAAGAGCACGUGAUAUUUCCGGCAAUCAGAAGAAAUUUCUUACCACCCACUAGUUUUGUAAGCAACGGGGUAAUAUUACAAAUAGCUAAUUUAAGUGAUUUGUACAAAGUGUUUGAACGAUGUUGA